ACACACCUCGUCGUCUUCUUCCCAAAGAUCGCCGAUUUUCUCCAUCGAUCACCACAAAGCAAUUCGCCGCUCCAAAACGUAAAAGAUUUAAAUGAAGGCUUUGAGAGCCAUUUUUCAGUUCUGAGGAGAUUUGUAUGCAUUGCAGGCUUGCAGCAAACACUUCUAGUUAAGAAUUCACAGAUGAGAAAGCUAUUUUUCUUUAAAUCUUCUGCAUCUAGCAGUGGAAACAACAAUCCAGUUUCUCCUCCUCCCAACAGUGAGGCAGUAUACUGGGAGGCCCCAUGGGUCGGUUGUGUGGAUACCCAAGUGACUGACAAGGUUCAGGACAGCUCCCGAAGCCCCAAGGGCUUGGUUUCCAGGUCAGGAAGACAAUUCCCUGAAAGCCAGAAUUCCACUAGAUCAGGCCUGAGAAGGAGCCAUUCAUUUUCAUCUCCCAUUAUUUGCAGUGAUCUCGCAGAAAGGAAUUUGAAUUGUUCAAGCGAUUUGAGCAGAUCUCCAAACAGUGGCAGUGUUCUGUGUCAUAUGGAUGAUUUUACAGUCUGCUGUCGUUCUCUUACUCCCGAAAGGUAUCCAAAGCCUAAAAGAGGUGAUCCGGCCGCCGCACGAAAGAUGUGUAUUGUAGAUAAGCUUGAUUCUCCGAGCUCAUCCAGAAGUUAUUUUGAAUCAUCGGGCAACUCACCUUACGGCUCUCCAGUCCCAUUAAAAUGUAGAUCUGCCCGUCUAACUCAACUUCCAAACACGACCCUGGACUUGUACAUCGAUGGGGAGCAGCAUGAAAGGCGCUUACGGCCAAAACCCGAGUCAAGAAGAUGCACUCUAACUGUUGGAAAUGGCUAUUUGGCAGAGAACCGAAAUCUGCGUAAUUCAAGGAGGCCACCACGAGUGCAGUCAACCGCACCUACUUCUCCAACAAAUGGAAAAGAGCAGCUGAGAUCCUACUCGUUUAGGGAAGCUAGAGAUACUCAACUUCGCGUUUCGUCCAGGGAUUGGCGGAUGGAUGAUAUCGGGCCCAUAUCCCCGCAAAAGCUUACAAAGAAUGGAGUUGAGAGACCAUCCCAUGUAUUCCCUCGAAAACAAAAAAUGGAACUGCGAGAUUUCGACUCCAAAAGUAUUAUGACAGUUGAAGAUAUCUAUGAGGAUUACUCAGAGUCACACCCUGCUCCACAAUCAAAGGGCAUCAUGCAAACGGGUUCUUCAUCCGAGCAUGUGUCUUUAUGCCAUCCAUCAGAUCCCCCUUGUGAACCUGCAAAUGGGCAUUUCACAAAGGAAAUCUCGGGCUUCCAAAAGCAAAGGUACUUUGUUGGGGAAUAUCCGGCAGGUGCGAAACAUGAAUGUUCAAUUUACUCCGUGGAAAAGGAAGAGGCCAUAGAUGUGGAAUUGCAUAGAAAAGCUAAAGAGGCUGAAGAGAGGGUUAUUCUUCUAUCGGAAGAUAUCGAUCAGGUGAACCUUCAGAAUGGCAGUUUCAGCAUUUCAGCAUUGCUUCAGAUGAUUAGAGACAUCACUAAUGACAGGAGAAACUUGGCCCUCGAAGUUUCCAGUCAGAUACAGAGUCGAAUUGCUGAGAGGGCUUCACUGAGCGAAGUCGUUAAAUGUGCGCAAGUAGAUUUGGAGACACAGACAAGGAGGCUGGAGAAGGAGAAGAAUGAACUGCAGUUGCAUUUGGAAAAAGAGCUGGAUAGACGGUCGAGUGAUUGGUCAUUGAAGAUCGAAAAAUGCCAAUCCGAAGAGCAGAGGCUAAGAGAACGGGUCAGGGAACUGGCUGAGCAAAACGUAUCACUUCAAAGAGAAGUAUCUUCCUUUAACAACAAAGAAGUGGAGAUCAGAAAUAGAGUAAUGCAUUUGGAUAUGCAGUUGAACGAAGUGACAGCAAGGAUGGAUGAAGCAAGAGCGGAGAAUUGCAAUCUUCAGGAAACCUUGUCGCAAUUGCAAGAGCACUGUAAAGGGGUGGAGAUGGAUCGGGAUUGCAUCAAAAGAAGCUACAAUGAAAAGGUUAAGGAAAGCAAGGAGUUGCAGAAAGCCGUUGCCAGGUUACAAAGGAUCUGUGGUGAACAAGAUAAGACGAUUAGUGGGUUGCGACAAGGGCUUAUCGAUGAUAUCAGUGAGCAGUCUACACAGAAAGGCGAUCUUGUGAUUAAAUUGCAAAUGGAACAGGUAAGAUUGACAGGUGUUGAGCAGAUGCUGAGAAGGGAGGUGGAGUCAUGCAGACAUGAAGUUGAGUCCCUUAGGCACGAGAACAUCAAUCUCUUGGGCCGCUUGCAGGGCGCUGGGAAUGGCCCACUUUCAGCUAUCAAGCUUGAUCAGGAGCUGUGUGCUCGAGUCAAUGUCUUACAGAACCAUUGCUUGUCAUUGCUUGAUGACCAUGGGCAGCUUGAAAGGAAGUUGCUGGAAUUUGUGAAGAACAUUAUGUGCCAUAUUCCUAAAAAUCCCAGUUCAGAAUGGGCACAAGAAAUUCAUAAUGGGUUUGAUGGGUAUUUGAUUAUUGAAUAUGAAAUGAGAUUAGAACGGUUCUUGAAGGGAGUUGAAAAUCUUAGGAGAAGCUUACAAACAACAUCUUCAAUACUGCAAGAAAAGACCAAUCUUGAUGCUUCCGACUGCCAAUUGAAUAUUAAUGAUGGUGGUAUAUUGGGGCACUCAAAGGAUCAAGCAUUAGAGGUCAAUGCAGAAGUAGAGCUCAAAGCUGAAAUUCUUCUCACGAAAGCACUACGAGAGAAGUUGUGUUUUAAAGAGAUGGAACUUGAGCAAUUACAGGCUGAGCUGGCAACAUCAAUAAGGGGUCUUGACAUCCUAAGAUGCGAACUUCAAAGUGCACAUGAUACGGUUUCCUGUCUGACCCACAAGAUGAAGGAUCUCGAACUUCAGGCAUUGAGGAAAGAUGAGAAUGUAAACCAGCUGCAAAGCGAUUUGCAAGAGUGCAUGAAGGAGCUGACAAUCACAAGAAGUAUAUUGCCAAAGGUAUCUGCAGAGAGGGAUCUGAUGUGGGAGGAAGUGAAGCAGUAUAGUGAGAAGAACAUGUUACUGAAUUGCGAACUGAUUUCUUUGAAGAAGAAAAUUGAAGCCCUCGAUGAAGAUAUACUUCUCAAGGAGGGUCAGAUCACUAUUUUGAAGGACAGCCUUGGCAGCAAACCUUUCGAUCUCCUCUACAGUCCUACUACGACAAUGAAAGAACUUUCUCUGGAGUGAAUUUCAAAAGAAAUUUAAGCUGAUUUUUUUAUUUUAUUUUUUUCGUUCGAGAAUUUUGAGAUCUCUAGUCUCUUUCGAGAACAUCAGGAUUGUAAGGGUCGCCUGUCAGGUAAAAUGACGAGCUGUCUAAUACCUGAGCUUGUGAUUAACAUUGUUCAUAUCUCAUUUCCACAUGAUUUUUUUUUCUUCCUUUUCUUUUAUUCUUUUGGGUGGAGGUCAAAUUGUAAAUUGUGUCAUUAAUCUUUGGUAAUAAACCAAGGUUAUGAUUCUGGUUUGGCAUACUGUUUGGGAGGUUUCAUUUCUUGGAGUGGGGCUUUAUUGUAGCCCAAGGCUUACCUGAACAAUGCGUUCUUUUUUCUCAUUGGAAUUGUGAUAUUUUUUUUUUUCUUAAAGAUUGAUUUUAGUCUCA